AUGGAGCAUGUGGCCGGGCACCGACAAAGUGUGAAUGUCGCCUAUCGCCUGGGGUGGGUUCUUGGUCCGCUCGGCAAACGAUGCGCGUGGCGAGGGCCCAGCCAACUCCCCGCGACGUCCCAGGGCUACGUCGCUACGCGCGCUGUGGGCUGGCGUGGCCCGGCGCUACGGAGCGGACCUGACCCCUGCCGUCGACCGAUCCAGGCCCUGGAAACCGUUCCAUCUGUUCCACCACGCCUUGGAACCGGGACGGAGCUCCCCAGAGGCACGACGACGACGGCAUUUCAGAGGUCCGCCAGUCACAGGCGCAAAGGACACACGGCGUCGCCGGGCCGGACGAGUUCUGAUGGAUUUCAAUUUAUCCCAGCCCGGACAAUUCAAUCUCAUAGCUUCCGCGUGCCUGCUUGA